AUGCCCUCGCCAACACGGAGGGCUGUUCCUCGGUUCCUGUGGUAUAUUUACCAGGACUUCCUCAACGCCGCAGCCGGACUCAAUUAUUCAUUCUCCCCCUCGGUGACGUUUGCCAAAUUCCGCGCACACAAGUUUACAUGGACAGAAAUCGGCGAAUAUGGAUUCUUAACUGUCCUUGCGACCUUUUGGGUGACGAUUAUGACGGCUCCCCCCUUUCCGUAUAAGCUGAUGAUUCCGAUGCUAUACACUACGGGUAUUAUUAUCCCGUUUACCAGUCAGUUCCUUGUUCCCGCGACACCGGUAUUAGCAUGGGUUAUCACUUUCUUCUCGUCGCGAUUUAUCCCUACCGAAUGGCGACCGUCGAUCUCCGUUUCGUUGCUUCCGACACUCGAAUCGGUUCUUUAUGGUGGAAAUAUUUCGGAUAUCCUCACGCGCUAUACGAACCCUGUGCUCGACGUUCUCGCGUGGUUGCCGUAUGGUGUUAUCCACUUUACAGCACCAUUUGUGGUUGCAAUCGCAUUGUGGCUUUGGAGAGGGAAUGCAGGAAAGGGCAACAAUGAAGCACUCAAGUUUUGGGCGAGGGCAUUUGGAUAUAUGAACCUUGCUGGGGUCUUGAUCCAGAUCGUCUUUCCAUGCGCGCCUCCUUGGUACGAACUUAUAUACGGUCUUACACCCGCCAAUUAUUCGAUUCACGGCGCGGCCGGCGGUCUAGCUCGAAUUGAUGCGCUGUUUCAUUCAAAUGGGUACCAGACAACGUUUUCAGCUUCACCCGUCGUAUUUGGGGCUUUCCCGAGCUUGCAUUCUGGUUGUGCGACAAUGGAGGCUUUAUUCAUUAGCCAUUUUUUCCCCAAGCUUCGUCGCUACAUCUGGUGCUAUGCUGCCUUGCUAUACUGGGCAACUAUGUAUCUGACCCACCACUACCUCAUCGACGUUGUUGGCGGAACUUGUCUCACCGUAUUCAUGUUCUACUUUUUCCUCCCUCCAACCUUGCGCACACCCUACGACUCUCCAUCACCUUUUGCCUCGACCAAAAUGAGUUCCGUGUUUGCAAACGGAGCCUCUGGAUCAGGUUACAGCGGAAUCGGGCGCGGCGGCCGCUCUAAACAUGAACAAUAUGAUGAAGAACGCGGACCUUGGCGUUCUGGCUCACCUGCCUCUUCAUCGGGAUCCCACCGCUCAGGAGAGGCACCACCUCCAUCCGGCGUUCCAUUCCUUCCCCGCGGGUCGGGGACAGGCGUCCGUGGCCAACGAGCGCAUAAGCACACUGCUUCGAUCGCGAGCUUGAUUCGCGCCGACGAACGGGUGGACGAAGGCUGGAGUCCGGUCGGGGCAGGCCCCAACGGGACGCCGAGAGCGUUUGCGUUCCCGCGUGGAUCGGAGGAUAACGGCCGGGUAGGGCAUUCGAGAGGAGGAAGUUUGGGGAGGGUGAUUGGUGAACUUGUGCCCCCCGCCGUCGCUGAGCAGGAUCCUGCGUCGGGACGGGCGAGCCCGAGGAUCAGGUCGCCUCAGGUUGGAGGUACGGAACAUUAG